CCCCGACAGCGGGGAGACAAAAGGGAAACUGAGGCCGGCACCGAGCGGGCGGGACUCCUCCCGAGAGAGUGUGCAGCUCAGGGUGGUUGGCACCCUGGGGACAGCUGCCAAAAUCCUCCCUAUCGGUGGGGACUGGAUCUUUCCAGGACAGCGGUUGCAGUAGCUAUGGCUCCAUCCUGGGUGCCUGCCGUGGGCCUCACUCUGGCGCCCAGCCUGGGGGGCUUCAUGGGCUCUUACUUUGUACGCGGUGAGGGACUCCGUUGGUAUGCUACCCUGCAGAAACCCUCCUGGCAUCCGCCUCGCUGGACACUGGCUCCCAUCUGGGGCACGUUGUAUUCGGCCAUGGGGUAUGGCUCCUACAUGAUCUGGAAAGAGCUGGGAGGUUUCACAGAGGAUGCCGUGGUCCCCUUGGGUCUCUACACUGGUCAGCUGGCUCUGAACUGGGCAUGGCCCCCCAUCUUCUUUGGUGCCCGGCAGAUGGGCUGGGCCUUGGUAGACCUUCUGCUUGUCAGUGGGGUAGCAACCGCCACAACCCUAGCCUGGCACCGAGUGAGCCCACCAGCUGCCCGCCUGCUCUACCCCUAUCUGGCCUGGCUGGCCUUUGCAACCACGCUCAACUACUAUGUAUGGCAUGAUAACCGUGGCCGAAGUGGUGGCUCACGGUUCCCAGAGUGAGUGCACCCUGCCCACCAGGACCACAGCACUGCCAGCCAGCUACCAUGGAUGGUGGCCAUCGUGCUUUCGUGACCACUGGGCCUGCUGGUCUACCUGGGUCUUGGCUUAGGGAGUCACCAGGUGGGUCAGGGUGGUCCAUGCCAAGUCCCACCCAGGGACAGUUGUACCUGCCUUUCUGCACUGCUCCAGGCAUGCCCCAGGAUCAUGGGGUUUUUAAAGCUAAAUAAAAUCUUUA